AUGCCAAGUGAAAUGAUAACAUUACAACUAGGACAAUGCGGGAAUCAAAUUGGUUUCGAGUUUUGGAAACAACUUUGCAUUGAACAUGGCAUUUCUCCGGAGGGUAUUUUGGAGGAGUUUGCAUCGGCAGGUUCUGACCGCAAAGACGUAUUCUUUUAUCAAGCAGACGAUGAUCACUAUAUACCUCGCGCUGUAUUGCUGGACUUGGAACCUCGAGUUAUACACACAAUCAUGAAUUCACCAUAUGCAAAGCUGUACAAUCCUGAAAAUGUCUAUUUAUCUAAACAUGGAGGAGGUGCUGGAAACAAUUGGGCAUCUGGGUAUGCUCAAGGAGAAAAACUUAAUGAAGAAGUAUUUGACAUCAUUAACAGAGAAGCUGAUGGUAGUGAUAAUUUAGAAGGUUUUGUUCUCUGUCAUUCCAUUGCUGGGGGUACUGGUUCAGGAAUGGGGUCUUACAUCUUGGAACAUUUGUCUGAUAGGUUUCCUAAGAAGUUGGUACAGACAUACAGUGUUUUUCCUAAUCUCGAUGAAAUAAGUGAUGUAGUUGUCCAGCCAUAUAAUUCUCUGCUGACCUUGAAACGUCUGACCGAGAGUGCAGACUGUGUGAUGGUGUUAGACAACACUGCCCUAAACAGAAUUGCAAGUGAUCGCCUUCACAUUCAGAAUCCUUCAUUUGCACAGAUCAACACACUUGUCUCCACAAUCAUGAGUGCCAGUACAGCAACACUUAGGUAUCCCUCUUACAUGAACAAUGAUCUUAUUAGUUUAGUGGCACCAUUGAUCCCUACACCACGUCUACAUUUUCUCAUGACUGGAUACACACCUUUAACAGCAGACCAUGAACUAAACACUGCACCGAAGAUCAGGAAAACAACAGUAUUAGAUGUCAUGCAAAGAUUGCUACAACCAAAGAACAUGAUGGUUUCACUCAGUCCUGACCGGACAAAUCAGCAUUGCUAUAUAUCUAUACUCAAUAUUAUACAGGGCGAGGUGGAUCCUUCUCAAGUGCAUAAGUCCCUACAGCGGAUCAGAGAGCGUAAACUGGCCUCGUUCAUCCCUUGGGGUCCCGCGUCCAUCCAGGUGGCUCUCUCGCGACGCUCUCCCUACGUGCACGCCUCGCAUAAGGUCUCCGGGCUGCUGCUCGCUAACCACACAAACAUUUCGUCGCUGUUUGACCGCUGUCUGCAACAAUUUGAUAAGCUGCGCAAACGGGAGGCGUUUUUGGAAGUGUUCCGUAAGGAGCCAAUGUUUAAAGAGUCCUUAGAGGAGUUUGACGAGUCACGCGGCGUCGUUGAUGACCUUGUCCAGGAGUACCAAGCCGCCGCCACACCAGACUAUGUGCAUUGGAACCCUGAGAGCAGUCAAAUA